UGGCUUGAAAGAAAAUGUCUUUCUAUGACAAUAGUUACUAUUAUCUCAACAAACGACUUUUGUCCAUCAUCGGCCAAUGGCCAUAUCAAUCGCGUCUGGAGAGUAAUACGAUGCUCGGCAUCACGCUAUUCUUCACUGGCAGUUUGACAUUCUUGGAGGGAUGGGGUCUGGUAAGCGGCAUAACAGAUCUGAGCAUCAUCAUGGAGAACGCGUCGCCGUUGCUGGUGAACAGCCUCAUUUUCGUGAAACUGAUCAAUUAUUUCUUCAAUAAGUAUAAAAUGAAAGAACUUCUGGAUCACGUCGAGGAGACCUGGAAAAUGAUCCAAGUGGGUCCACGUAAUGAAAUAUUACGGAGCUACGCGGAACAAACUAAAGUCCAUACGAUAAGAUAUAUGUUGGCUUUGUACGCGAUGUGGGUCUUGUACUCGACGAUGCCGCUCAUCGUCAGCUGGACGUACAAGCUUCUGCCGAUUAACGCGACCUACACGGCCAGAUUUCUCUAUCGUUUGGAACACGUUUGUGACGUGGACAAGUACUUCAAUCUGCUGAUGUUGCAUGGCUUCAUCAGCGUGUUCUACAUAGUAUCAGUGGCGAUCGCGGUCGACACGAUGUUUAUACUUUGCAUCCAGCAUGUCUGCGCGUUGUUUGAUAUCAUAAAGUACGACAUGGAGCGCAUACAAUGCUCGGAUUUCGUGACGCUUGAGCUGGAUAUUGCGGACGACAUCGAGUACCAUAAAAUAAUCGAGUGCAUUAAAUUGCACGACCAAGCGUUCAAGUUAGUGCCAGUUGGAAAUACUCUUUAGCUACA